AUGACUGAUUUUUCUGAAAUUGAGGAAUUUCCAACCGUUCCCAAGAUUUUUCGUACUGAAUAUAAAUUUUCUUUUAAUUCUACUCGAAAUCAAGAAUGUGAAGUUAACUGUCCGCCAAAUGGGGAUUUUGUAUUACCUCCCACGCCUUCUACGCUAAUGGAGGAUGAUGAAUUCUACCAGAAAUUGAGCCCACUGCCAUGGCCCGUUCAUAAUGAAGAAAAACACACUUAUAUCUAUAAUAGAGAAACAUUGUCAAAACCAAGAUCUCCUAGAAGUUCGGAAUGGGACGACAGAAUGAAUGUUCACUUAGUGGAAGGUAACUGCUCUGGACAAAUAAUGAGUAAUCAACUAGGCUCUGGCCGUCCGAUCGAUGAUCCAAGGGAAGGUACAGAAGUGAACAAAACUCAUUCUCUUUCAAAAGCAAAUUUUCCCGGCAAUCUAACUGUCAAGCCCCGUAAUAAAUAUCUUGCAAUACCCAAACAACUUCCAGGAAAUAGAAAAUCUGUCAAUUUUCACUGCAAUGAGGUUAAUGAAAAGAAGUCCCAAGGUGUUCAAGCCGGAGAUGCUCGUGAGAAUAUGAGUAAAAAGCCUUCCAAUUUCCUAGACAAUGUGGAGUUACUUGAGGAUGGAGAUAAUACUGAAGGCUUGGAGGCGAAUAUUUUUGAUAAACUGAGUGAGGACACUAACUCCCUAUGUGAAAAUGUUAGUAAUCACUUGGUUUCAACUUAUCCGAGAGCCCAAAUGCAAACUGAUUGUAAGGUAGAUAUUGCCGUAUCCCCUAUUGCUUUUUUGACUGGGAAGAUGAACAAAAACCGUACUGAUGAACAUGGGGAUGAUUUAUCUAUUAUCAAUGCUACUGGUUACGCUUUCCACGACAAAAGUCCACCUGAAAAGACUUCUCCACAAACUGAUUCAAGAAAAGUCGGAUCUCAUACGCAAGGCAGUACAUUUGAGCUAGUAAUCACAGAGCCGUCUCCUAUUAUCGAAUGUAGUGUGCUGAAAAUUGACAAUCCUGUACCUCUGAUUCAGAAGAAUACUCUUCCAGAAGUUUAUGGACAACCAGAUUACGAUUAUAAUAAAUGGAAACGACCAAUGACCUUAGAAGAGCAAAAAUCUAUUUUCUAUGCCACAGUCAUGGCAAGUGAAUCCGAAGGUCUUAAAGAAGUCAAUCAAAAUAGGAUGAAUGUAGUUGUCGUAGAUGAUACGACUUCUACACACCACCUUUUACCCUCCCAAAAUCCGUUGAUGUAUCGUGAUUUUGAUAAUGUUGGAUUCCAAACACAACAGUGGUUCAAUAAGAGAACGCGGAUCUCGAGCUCUUCCUUCGCUUCUGGACAUGAUGCAACUUUAGUUCGUCAGAAUUCAUGUCGUCAAUUAUUAGUUUCUUCAGUAUCUUCUGAACACCGGCCUUUACAGAGCAGAAACUCAAGCUGCAUAUCUUGUUUGUCCUAUUCUUCAUCUGAAUCGAAUUUAUCCCAUUCCUGCCAGGCGUUAGAUGAAUCUCAAUCAACUGAGGGGAAAUCAGUUGUGCCUUUGAGAGAAAUGAAUCAGUUAGAGCACCAAAUUCCUUCAAUUAACUUGAUUCAAGCCACUCCAGAGAAGAAAACACUAACGCCAGUUGGUUAUUUAUCAACCGAUAGAGAUUUGGUACAUCUUAAACCAAAAAUUCCUCAAUAUGUGCCUGAAUUUGAGGGUAGACCUAUUGAGACGAGGGAGCUAGGCUGUUCCCCUGAAGAAAAUCGCAAACGGAUAAUACAAGAAUGGCUUAUUCAUCGAAUUUCUGCAAAUGUUGUUGGACAUUUCAGAAGUAAGGUCGUGCGUAUGCUUCAUGAAGGGGAUUCAAAUAACGUAGAUAUCAAGGGAGAUUUGAAUUGUAAAGAUGGCAAUCAAACUUAUUUGCGACCGCCUAUGAAAGACAUUCCGGCAAAAGGCCAAAUUACUUUGGGAAAAAGUCAUGAGAAAAGUCAAGAACAUAAAAGAUCGUCAAGUGCCAUAACGGAUAAUGCGCAAUUAAGGAAUGAAAUUCAACCGAUAGAAUUAAUUGAAAGCCUUGAAUCCAAUCAUAAUAUCAAUCUGAAUAAGGUUUACUUAAAUAAUAAAGGAAUGAGUGGACAGAAACAAUUGACUAAGGGGAGGCAUUCGGUUCCGAGUACGCAACUAAGGCCUCAGACAAGUGUUUCAACACUCAAUUCAAAGAAAACAGACCUUCCAAAUUUACAUGAUUUCGAAGAAGUACUUGAAAUUGAUCCGCGUGAUGAUAUUGUCAAAAGUCACCUAAAUAUCCACGACAGGAGAAUAAAAUCCGUGAGUAUGAAGACAGGUUGUUACCUCAAUAUGAAGGGUCCGAUUAAAGUUCCAUCCUUAGAUGGAACUCUGAAGCGUGAUAAAGAAGUCUAUGAAUUGACGAUCGGUGCACCGAACAGGGUGAAAGCCGAUCGAUGUAUAAACUUCUUACGGGAAACCUUCCCUCACACAGCUUUUUCGAGGAAACAGGUGCAAGUUCGUACUUUAAAUAAAUUUUAA